AGUAGGCAUAGGCCUGGCUGAAAUGACAAAUCUUGCUAAGGGAAUCAGUACGGUACAGAUUCCCUUUCGUAAAUGCAGCCUAAUGGGAGACAGGUCAUGAGGCGAGGACGAAAGAUUCAGCAAAAUAUCGGCCUUAACGAAUUGUGGGCGGCGCCUUGCCACACCGUUUUCCCUAGUUGCUGUCAAAUUCAUCUCUGUCAAACUUCAAGUUGAACCCCUUUUCCCCAAGUCUCGCUAAUGAUGAAGUGUGAAGCCGGUUGACCCGAAGUAAAGUCACCGUUUCUUUCAAGGUGACGUUUCAAGCAAGAUAUCGAAAGACGAGGAAAAUAUUACACCAUGGACAAGUUACGGCACAAGCCAGGCCGGGUGAAGCUACCGGAGCGGCCGGCAACCUUUGCCGAGUUCGGCUUGGACAUGAAGCCGUACUUCACCCUGUGCAAGGACCACGAUCGGCCCGCUACUUUUGCUCACUUCGGGGUGGACGUGGAGCGGGAGCGACCGCUGGUAGAUACGGUCGUCGGACCGCACCGCAAGUGGUUCGACAUCAGCGUACGGGAGAAAGUCUUCCUAGUCACGGUAGCCAUGAGCCUUCUCGUCACGUUGGGCCUGACCAUAGACCGACUGGCAGCGUCCGAUAAGGCGUCUCCAAAUUUCACCUUUGCUCUACUACUCAUUGUGAAUAUAGUCUUCUGCCUGUUCUACGUGUUUCAUGCCAUCCUCUUGGAGCAUCCUUACGAGCUGUUCGUCUUUGCCUUCAGCAUCACGGCCCUGCUCAUCUACUGCGUCUCAAACUUCGUCGAGACUUUAGGGGAGGGUCUCAACAUCGUCAAACUAGUUCGAUUAGUGGUGAUUGGGCUGUUCGGCACGUUCGAUAUGAUAUACGGAAUGUACUUGGGAGCGAUGUACUACAGACAGCGCAACUUGAUCUUCAGAACAGUUGGAGCCAACAUCAACCUCCAAGCUCUGUGUGGUAACAUGUACCUGUUCUCGGACCUUCUCAAAUUCAACGUGCAGCUUGAGACAAGUAUGGUCAUUCUAGUUCUUGACGAUGGUAUCUACCUAAACACCAGUAUGGAGAAGAUUGUGCUGGGCCUCGGCUUGCCCGUCACGCUCAUAUGGAACGUAGUUGGUUUUCUGGCCAUACGAUACGAGAAUAGAAUCUUAGUGGGUUUAUUUCUGCUGACGUGCUGGGUAUUACCCGUUUACACAACCUAUAAAUUUGUCGAUAUUUCAUUUCUGUGGCCAACCUGGACCCAGCAUUCGCAAAAGGUCCUUCCGUCUUGCAUCCUGGUCUGUGGGAUCCUCGCUAUCCUGGUCCGUGCCUUCCUGGUCGUCGUCGUAGUGCAUCUGUCUCAGAACUUCGGCCACGGGCUCGGAGAGAAAGUUUUCGGCGGCAAGAAAAUCAGUCGGCCCCACAUUCGUCUCCCGCGCCGGCCCGAGCUGCGGCCGAUGAGCUGGCCCCUGGCCCGGGCCUUCCCCAACAAACGCUGGACCCUCUCCUGGCAAAAGCAGCACAAGGAGAAGCAACGGCCCAAGCGAUCGGCCACCAUGAGCGGCAUGCGCUGAGGCCACUGUCGGGCGGCACCCACGAAGGACCGUUCCGGAUUCGGCUGCAAGAACCUACCCACCUGCUGUGUGGUUUUUGAGCAUUACUCAUCACAGUGCUCGUGACUGAGAAACCGGGGUCAUCUGACCAAAAGUUGUGGCUUAAUUGGUCAGUUCAGCGUGCACUGUUUGACUGUCAAACAGUCACAAAAGCUUUUAACAUAACAUGGGAAUUUUGUAACUUGUAUUUAUAAUAUAGCUGCGUGCGCAUUUGGGCUGUCGGUUGUUCAGUAGCUCUCACAAAUAAAGCGUUUGAGAACGUUCAUGGAAUCUGUGACCUUAUGACCUCUAAAGCGGGGUCAAAUCGUACUGAUAGGCCCUGCGUUCCGCGUCUUGUGAACAAGCCAAAUUAGAGAUACAUUGUAUAGUGUUUUCAGUGCGAUAUGAUAGGUAACAUUGCCCAGGCGCAUGGCUACCACAACAUCAUGCACAUGUAUGGCAAUGAGGUCAGUUCUUCAAAUUACUCUAUCCGGUUCGUUUGUGUGACGUUAUUUCAAGUGGCGUGUAUGACGAAGUCACUUACGAACCAGAUUGGUCGAAAGUACGAAAGAGCGCGCGAUUGCGUGCUUGCGAGCGUGGUGCCAUCUCUGCAAUGGUCGCUGGACUGGGAGUCGUCCCCUCCGGUCUAAAAAUGUUCGCUUUAAGUCAAUAAAGAUGGUGUCUUUGGAUGCAUGAAGGUGCUUCAUGGUAUUGCAUUUGAAUAUCUGGAGAUACCUAAGAAGUCGUGAGUCGUUUCUAAUUGUCAAACCGGUUAUUUGUAGGGCAGGGUUUGGUAGUAUAGUACGACAUAUUUUCUUGACAUGACUCUAAACACUCGUUGCGUUCACUCGUGAGAACCGACUUGUAGAUGAUGAUUGAAGAUCGUUUUUUUGAUCGACUGUUUCACGAAGGAUGUAAAAAGCAAAGACUGACAUGAGCAGCCAAAGUGGGAAAGGGCAAACUCACGAGUACAUGUGCUAUACUGCCAGCCAUCAGCUAUAACACUUUCUAUCUCUCUCUCUAUAGAUGUCGUCAUAAAUUAGAAAGAACUAGUUAAGGUAACAACAUAUUAUUUUUUUUUUUAAACACGAAUGGGAUCCCUAUGA